CUGCGCAUCAUUGCGCGCGAACGCUGUCGCGGAAGCAGCGCUGCUAGCACCCUACACCGAAACACUUGCUUCACGCCAUUUAGUAAGCCCCUGGAUUCAUGCAGCACCCGGAGUCUCUCCUCGCUGGACAAGCUGCGCCGCGCAUCGUGGGAACGAUGCCCGCAACCGCGCCAGGAGGCGGCCGAAUUCACCCACAACGGCGUGGCGUGGACAGAUGAGUACAGCUGGAUGGAAGCUUCAGGUGCAAAUGGUGGCCUCCAGCAGCAGCAGGCGGCGGAGGCGGAGCUGCAGUCGCACCUGGCAGCGGAGGAGGCGCACAGCCGGCGGGCGCUGGCGGCGGCGGGCGUGAGCGGCCUGGCGGGGCGGCUGCUGGGCGAGAUGCGGGACGUAUGGGUGGGCACGCAGGGGGCAGGCGGAGAGCAGGAGCCGCCCCCGGAGCGCAUCGGCCCCUACACCUACGCCGUCAUUAACGGCCCCGACGGCGGCCUGCAAGCCUACGUGCGCACCCGCGUCACACCCGGCGGCACCAGUGGCGGUGGUGCCAGCAGCGGCAGGCGGAGGUCUGCGCCGCCGCCGCCGCCGCCGCCGCCGCCUGGGCCUGAGGUGCUGCUGGACGCGGCGGGUGUGGCGGCGGACUCGCGGCUGGCGGCGGCGAUGACCGGGAUGCGACUGGGCACGGACGUGGGCGCGUUCAAGCUGUGCCCGCGGCACCGUUUGCUGGCCUACACACUGCCCGUGCUGGCGGCGGCGCCCGGCAGUGGCGGCGGUGGCGGUGGCGGUGGCGGUGGCGGUGGCGGUGGCGGGUCGGGGCCGCCGGUGCACGACCUGUAUGUGGCCCUGGUGCGGGACACGGCGGCAGGCCGGCUGCUGCUGCCUGGCGGUGUGGUGGCGGGUGUGGCGGGCCCGGGCAGCCUGGAGCUGGCGGCGGAUGGCCGCAGCCUCCUGGUGGCGGCGCCGGAUGAGGCGGGGCGGCCCAGCCGGGUGUUGCUGCACGACCUGACCUCGGGGCGGCCCCCCCGGCUGCUGCUGGCCGAGCCCGACCCGCGCUUCUUCCUGGGGCUGGGCCGCAGCAAGGACUGGGCGCUGCUGCUCAUCAGCGCCAACAGCAAGAGCUGCUCAGAGGUGCACGUGCUGGACGCAGCCGCCCCCUGGGCCGCCCCGCCCGCUCUGGUGCAGCGCCGCACCCCCGGCCUCGAGUACUUUGUGGAGCACUGGCGCGCAGCAGGGGGCGCAGCAGCAGCAGGAGAAGGCGGACCCGCAGCCCCCGCACCCGCACCUGUGGCCACACCCGGGGCGGCAGCUGCAAAAGCGGGGAGCACAGGGAACAGGGGGCAGCAGUCUCAGCAGCCGCCGCAGUCGGGCGCACCGGUGGCGCAGGGCGGUGCGGGCGGCGGGCGGCUGCUCAUACUGACCAACGCCCACCUCUCCGGCGGCGGGGCGGGCGGCGGUGGCAGAGGGGCCCACCUCUCAGGCGGAGGGGCGACUGGCGGGUCGGAGCUGCACGUGGUGACGGCGCCGCUGUCGGCACCCGGCCUUGAGAACUGGAGACCGCUGCAACAGGCGGGCAGUAGCAGCAAUGCCGCCCACAACAACAACAACAGCUGCAGCAGCGGUGCGGGGCAGUACGUGGCCACUGACAUGGACGUGUUCAGCCACUGUGUGGUGCUGUACGAGCGGCGCCUCACAGACGGCCGCCCCGCAGUCAGCGUGCUGCACCUGCACCCGCAGGCGGAGGGGCAGGCGGAGGGGGAUGGCGGGCUUGGGCGUGCGCCCGCCAUCGCCCGGCGAGAGCAGGUGCCGCUGCCGGACUGGGCUCUGCACGUGAGCCCCGGCCUCAACGCCGACCCCGCCGCCCCCACGCUGCGCCUCACCGCCUCCAGCCCGCUGCACCCGCCCACCACCUACGACUACAGCCUGACCGCCGGAGUGCUACAGCCCCUGGCCACAGCGGCGCCGCCCACCGCCGCCGCCGCCGAGCUGCUGCGGCGCUGCACGCUGGUGCGCCUGAGCGUGCCGUCACCUGCGGCGGCGCCGUCAGCCGCUGGCAGCGACGGCGGCAGCGGCCACAACAACGGCGGCGGUGUGGCGCAGGUGCAGGUGCAGGUGCCCGUGACGCUGGUGCUGCCGCCGGGCGUACCUCUGCCGCCCGCCGCCGCUGCCGCCGCCGCCGCCGGCACUCAUGGCAGCAGCUGGCAGGUGCUUAGCCAGCCCGACCCCACAAUCACCUUAGCGGCGGCGUCGUCACCAGAGACCGCCGCACAGCCUGCCGUACCAGCCGCCGGGCCCGCACCUGUGCCCGUACUGCUGCAUGUGUACGGCGCGUACGGGCUGCCGCUGGAGCCGCAGUACGACGGGGCGGCGCUGUGCCUGCUGUCGCGGGGCUGGGCGCUGGCCUGGGUGCACGUGCGGGGAGGCGGGGAGCUGGGCCGGGGCUGGCACGCGGCGGGCGCUCGGGCCCGCAGGUCGGCGGGUGUGGCGGACUGCUUGGCGGCGGCGGAGGCGCUGGUGGCGGCUGGGCUGACGGCGCCGGGGCUGCUCGCGGGGCACGCCAUCAGCGCAGGCGGUGUGGUUCUGGCUGCUGCUCUGGCGGCGCGGCCGGCGCUGUGGGCCGCCGCCGUGUUGCGCUGCGCCCACCUGGAGCUGCUGAGCAGCAGCUGCGGCGGCGGUGUGGGGGCAGGGUUGGCGGCGACGGGAGAAGCGGCGAGCAGCAGUAGCAGUGGCAGCAGUAGCAGCAGUGACAAAGAUGCGCCGCUGCCGCCUGCAUCUGUGCUGGCGGCGCAUGAGUGGGACGAGUGGGGCCACCCGGGUGACUCCUCCGAGUGGGCGGCCCUGGCGGAGCUGUGUCCCUACCGCCGGCUCCUGCACCUGCAGCCGCACCCGCAGCCGCAGCCUUCAGCAGCCGCGCCCGCAGCCCCACAGUACACUACAACACUGCCGGUGGUGACGGGCGGCGGCGGUGGACAGGCGGUGGAGGUGGAGGUGGCGCCGGGGGCAGCGCCAGGAGCAGUGGUGGCGGGGGGCGGCUGGCGUGCGGCGGUGUUGGCCAGCUGCGCGCUGGGUGACCCGCGCGUGUCGCCCGCCGUGCCGGCCAGGUGGGUGGCGCGGCUGCGACACCGCCUUGCGCCGCACCUGUCCGGGCAGCAGCACCAGCAGCAGCAGCACCAGCAACAGUACCAGCAGCGGCAGCAGCAGCAGCGGCAGCGGCAGCAGCAGGCGCCAUCAUCCGCAGAGGUGUGCUCCGAGAGGCACGGCUCUGGCGGUGGCUGCGCCCCGCGAACUGGAUGGAGCGGCCUCGUCACACGCAUGCUGGGGGGAGCAGGAGGCAGCGGUUCGACUGGCAGGGGUCGCAGAGGCGGAGGCGAGGCGCAGGCAGCAGCCGAUGCGAGCGCGGGAGGCGGCGGGAGCGCAUGCGCCUCACAGUCGGCCCAGGUGCCGCCCUGCCCCGCGCCGCUGCUGCGAGUGCACUACGACGGCACGGGCCAUGUGCGAGCGGGAGAGGCGGCGGCGGAGGAAGCGGCUGAGGAGAUGGCCUUUGUGCUCACGGCCGUGCGGAAGCAGCCGCCGCCGCCGUCGCAGCAGCAGCAGCAGCAGCAGCAGCAGCAGCAGCAGCUGCCAACCGGGCGUUAAACCCGCGCUAGCCGCCCACGGAAUCUCGGCACACGGCAUGGGUGAGGUUGCGGUGCCUCCCCCUCUCUGGGAAGGCUCCGUGCCGCAGCAUUCUUACAUCGGGCCGUAUAGGCGUAUAGCAGAUACGGCCCGGCGUCCAGCCUUGCGUCAAGAGCAGCGAGCGAAGGUGCACGAAGGCAGCAGACUGACAAUUUGCAUCCAUCCACGGCUUCGGGAGGCCGAGCUCGGCAUUUGCUGUUCAUCUGUAUCUGUAACGAGGAGCAGACGGUUUGCCGAUGAACAGUGCUGAGCAAUCUCGCGUUGGAUGCGUCUGCUGCGGACGCGCAGCUUCGCUCUGCACGCUUGAAGCGGCUGCCAUUUGGCCAUACGCCGGACGCUGUAGCUAAGCCUCGCUGCAGCGACGCCGAGCAGUAGGACCUCUAGAGGCCACGCGCUCGCAGCCCUCAAGACCAGGGAGCGGCCAGGUUCCCGCCGGGUUCACCCAUGCCUCCCAUGCCUCGUCCACGAGCGCAUCGAUCGCCAGACGUUUGUUUUAUGCAGCCCUCACGAUGCCGCUCCUACUACAGCGGCCAGCGCGCGGUGCCCGCUGCCGGCGGCGCGCCGAAGCGCCUGCCGCAGCACACUGCAGCGGCGCGCUUACCCUGAAGAAGGUACAGUCACGAGUCUCACCCGCAAGCUUCUACUCCGGCGCUGUUGCUUCAGGAAUGCACUGUAGGAUAGGCGUUUUUGUGGACAUGCCUGGACCGCGGCCCAUCUGAGCAGUGAGCUAAGAGGUGGUGGCUCAGCACGUCGCGGUCCUUGAAGUACGAGGUUGCCGCGUGCUGCGGCAGGCGCUGCGGCGCGGCGCCGGCACCGGGCACCUCGCGCUGGCCGCUGUAGUAGGAGUGGCAUCUGGACGAGGCACGGGAGGCAUGGGUGAACCCGGUGGGAGAUGGAUGGUGCGCGCGGCUGUUCCGUUUUGUGGCGGCACAGGGUGCCGACGUGUGGCUUUGGCCGGGUACGCAUGAGACGAGAGAGGAGUGGAGAGCAGGCGCGCUCCUACCGGAGGGACCUAUCUUGCCCACCUUCAGGGCCCACCUUCAGAGCGGCUGAUAGCGGAACCGCAUGCAUUCCUCGCUUGCGGACAGCAACCUGGCAUGCACAUGUGCAAGUGCGCGCAUGGAUGGGUCGAAGCGCAAUAGGGUCCGCACCGCCGACCGUACGGUAUGUGCGUUGCGGUGGCUGUGACGGCGGCGUGGUGGGUGGCGUGCAUAGGCUGCAUGGCUGUGUUACACGUGCUGCAGGCUCCACUUGCAGGCCCCGUUGGCGCAUGGUACUUGUGACGACCCGACAGUGAUGGAAGUUUUGCAGCUGCGACGGUGGUGUGUCAGACAGAGGUGGAUGUCCCAACACUCUGGGCGCUGGGGCCCUGGGCUGCGCUGGGGGCCCCGGCCAGGCGGGGGUGGCGGCAGUGGUCACCAGCCCGGCCCGGCGGGGGCGCCUGGCGCGGCCCGGGGCCCCGGCGCCCAGAUCUAGGGAGCAACCUACGGCACACACCACCUGCGGCUUGGGCUUGUUUGUGUUUGCUUAAUGCGGAGUGCUAAGUACGUGCGCGCAUGAGGCGGUGAACGCUGAUGUUGUGUGCUUCCACCGCUAGCUGCCAUGUGUUGGGGCACGACGUCCAGGCUGCAGGACGGCAUCCUGUGUGCUGCUGUGCUGCCAUGCACCACCACUGGCGCCACCACCACUGUGUAACUUAGCCCCUGC